AGUGCCUCGUGAGUGCUGCCAACAGGAGGUCUUGCCAAUACCUCUACCGUAAAUUAUUGACAGGACAAGCGCGUGUGACAUUCCCGUGACGGUGCGGUGACAGUAAUGUGAGGACAGUUUGUUGGGUGAGUGAAGACAACGAUUUUAGGGGAGAUGUGAAUUAAAAAAAAAAGAGUUUAAUUCGUCGAAUGUAGAGUUUACUUUUUUUUAUAUUUUAUGUCUUGGAGUUUACAGAUUGGAAUCAUAAUAUGAGUAUUUUUGUUUUAAUUUUUGUAUUCGAACGAGUCGAUAAGUGUUUCUUCGAAAUUAGAAUUUGACAAUCGAGUAGUCUUUUUUUUAGUAAUACAAUGUAAAGUGUUAACAAAGAGAGUUGAAAUUUCAUGAAAAUGAAUUCAGGCAUCAGGACACAUGAUGGUAAUUGCGCGAUGACGCCCGGCCUGAAAAUGGAAUCGAAAGGCACCCAGAUACACUUACCGCUGAUGGGGCGUGGGAGCAGAGGCGAGCUCAAUGAUAAAGUCACGUUCUCCCAGGGCAAAACCUUCACGGAGCAGCUCAAUAAUGGCCAAGUACUUGGUGGCUCCCAAAUGAACCUAUGCAAUGGCGCUGCGGGUGCAGCAGGAAUCACAACUCUCGUUCCCAAGAUCCCAAAUGGCUAUGGAGAUCAGAAAAAACCAAUGGCGACUCUCACACACCUGCCAAAAAGACCUCCAGUGGACAUAGAGUUCUCUGAUUUAUCCUAUUCAGUCAGCGAGGGCAGGAAGAGAGGUUACAAGUCCUUGCUUAAAUGUAUCAAUGGUACCUUUCGAUCAGGGGAGCUGACAGCCAUUAUGGGACCUUCGGGGGCAGGGAAGAGCACACUCAUGAACAUUCUAGCCGGAUAUAAAACAUCAAACGUCAGCGGAUCAAUCCUGAUAAACGGAAAAGAAAGAAAUUUGAGAAGAUUCAGAAAACUAUCCUGUUAUAUAAUGCAGGAUGACUGCCUUCUACCACAUUUGACGGUCCGGGAGGCGAUGUAUGUAUCAGCUAACCUGAAACUAGGGAAGGACAUGACAGCUACAACAAAGAAGAUAGUCAUCGAUGAAAUAUUAGAAAUGCUCGGUCUUAUCGAGGCCGGUGAUACUAGGACCAUAAAUCUAUCAGGAGGACAGAAAAAAAGACUAUCAAUAGCCUUGGAGCUAGUUAACAAUCCACCGGUAAUGUUCUUUGAUGAACCAACUUCUGGAUUGGAUAGUUCCUCGUGUUUCCAAUGCAUAUCAUUAUUAAAAUCUUUGGCUAGAGGCGGCAGGACGAUAAUCUGUACUAUCCAUCAACCGUCUGCCCGAUUAUUUGAGAUGUUUGACUUUUUAUACACGUUGACCGAUGGGCAGUGUAUCUACCAAGGGAAGGUCACGGGUCUCGUGCCAUUUUUGUCGUCGAUGGGGCUCCACUGCCCAAGCUACCAUAACCCUGCUGAUUAUUUAAUGGAGGUAGCAAGCGGUGAACACGGUGAGUGGGUUCACAAGCUAGUAAGAGCCGUGAAUAAAGGAAACUGCGGACGGGGACAGUCUUCUUCCACAUCAUCAUCAUCAUCGUCCGUGCCUCAGAAUGUAAAUUACAAUAAUCAACCGAAUAAAAAUAAUACUCAGAAAGAAGCUCUUUCUAUAGUUGUUGACAAACCAACGUGUACUGUGAUAGACAUGUCAGAACCGGUACUCAAUACCGAAAAGCAGAACAUUCCAAACUCUACGAACCUCGCUCCUGUAACCUGCACCACUUCACUAUUAGACUCCAGCGAGAGUUUCACAAAGAAGCCAGUUAAAACCGGUUUCCCGACGUCAGGGUGGAAGCAAUUUUGGAUCUUAUUGAAGCGAACCUUCCGAAGUAUUCUUAGAGACCAGACAUUGACGCAUUUAAGACUAUGUUCGCAUACGAUCGUGGGAUUGUUGAUUGGCUUCCUCUAUUACGAUAUAGGGAACGAUGCCGCCAAAGUGAUGAGCAAUGCUGGAUGCAUUUUUUUUACCGUGAUGUUCACCAUGUUUACUGCCAUGAUGCCUACCAUACUCACAUUCCCGACAGAGAUGAGCGUAUUCGUGAGAGAACAUUUAAAUUACUGGUAUUCGUUGAAGGCUUUCUAUUUCGCAAAAACAAUGGCAGAUCUACCAUUUCAGAUAAUAUUCAGUGGCGUCUACGUGAUCAUAGUGUACUUCAUGACGGGCCAGCCGAUGCAGACCGAUCGAGUGCUGAUGUUCACGACCAUCAACAUACUCACGGCGCUAGUCUCCCAGUCUCUAGGACUUCUCAUCGGUGCCGCCAUGAAGAUCGAGACUGGGGUGUACCUGGGACCGGUCACGACAAUACCCGUCGUCUUAUUCUCCGGUUUCUUCGUGAACUUCAACGCAAUACCAAACUACCUUCGAUGGCUGACGUACUUAAGCUAUGUUAGAUAUGGCUUCGAAGGAGCCAUGCUGUCGGUUUACGGGUUCGGAAGGGAGAAGCUGUAUUGUUCGGAAGCAUACUGCCAUUUCCGGAACCCAGAUCUCUUCUUGAAGGAAAUGACGAUGGAUAAAUCGAACUUUUGGAUCGACGUUGGAGCUUUAAGCGCUCUGUUCGUCUUCAUAAGAGUAAUCUCAUAUUUAGUUCUAAGGUUUAAGUUGAAGAUGAUGCAAUAAUGAAUCGGUUGAAGUUUUUUGUUUCAAUCGAGAUUACCAGAUCUCGUUUGGAGUCGGGAUAUCCGGUCCCGUUGAAAGGUCAUUUACGCUCAAACGCUAGCUUUCCGAUAGUGUUUUCGUUAGGAAAGGUCACGAUAAAUCGCGAGAUAAACUAGAUAGCUAGGCAGCACGUGUGCGGCAGUUGUACGCCCAUUACAUGUCACGGGAGAUACCUUCAGAGUAUAUUUUAGUUAGUAUCGACACAUUUAUGAAUGACAACCAGUUAUUAUCGAAUAAUUUUGUUUAUGUUUUAUCAUAAAAGGAAUCAACAUAACAAUAAUUAAUUAUGUUUACAAUGUGAUGACAUCAGCAAUGGUGGCUAUAAGCCCAUUUUCGCCCGAAAACGUAAGGCAAUAAUGAUAAUAAUCGUGGCAUUUACAUUUUGGUGUGUAAUUAAUUAAAUUAACAAUUAAUUCGCACUACGUGUAAUAUAGUCAGGUGAAUUAAUUUGCCUAUUUAAUUAUGAUAAUAAUGACACGAUCUAUCAUUGAAUAAGCUUGAUGUUUAGACGGCGCAAUAGUGUUAUUCUGUUAAUUCUGUACAGACGAAUGCUCAAGCGAUCACCGCGCGUGAUAAAUUCACUUAAAGAUUAAAAAAAAAUUACAAGUUUGCCUGUUAAUUCUAGUUUUUAGUUGUGUAACAUCACCGCGCGUGAUUUAUUCACUUAAAAUUUGUUAAAAAAAAUAACAGGUUCUCCUGGUAAUUCUAGAAUGUUAGUUGUGUAAGAAAUAAUGAAUUGAAAAAGCUGUUGUUUACUUUCGAGUGCUAAGAUCAAACUAUUUCAAUGCGACGCUGCCAUGAUAAGUACAGGCAACUUGCUAAUUUUUAUGAAAUCACCAAAUAGAAUUUCAUGAAAAUUGAGAUCUUAAAUGUUAAAUAAUCACUGUUGACCGUAUCUAUUAAAAGCGUGCAAUAAUGACAUAGCUCGUGUGUCAAGACUACAGUGCGUGAUCCUCAUUCAUCAGCGUGAGUUUUUUUAACAGAAUAACACGCCGUCGAUACAUAAACCAAGCAAAUUAAAGUUAUAAAUUCAGGCAUUAUGCCGUAAACCAAUGAUUUCAAUAUUUGUAAAAAUUAUCUUGUAGUCCGUUAAUCAAUAAAAAUGUUCUAAUCGGUUAAGAAAACGAUGGAUUCAUAUAAACCAUGUGUGAAAUACAAUUAGAUCUAUUAAUUUGCCUCUAAUGUCUACAAAGAUAACUUCGUUUAUUCCAGUUUAUUUUAUAUGUAUGAUCUAAUGACCAUGCUUCAUUAAUUAAAUUAAUAAAUUUAAUUAGAAUACCCAAUUUUCAUUAUUAUACAAGUUAUUUCUUUGCACUUGUAUUACAGUACGGAAUAUCAAUGUAGUUACUACACAUUUUAUAACUAACAUAAGUAAAUCUACUGAAAUGUUUUUCUGUGAUUUUGAAACAUUCAAUCGUUCCGUCUUUGUCGUGGCAUCCAAAUAAUAGUAAGAGAAAAAAAGACAAUUGCUUGUUGAGUUAUCAGAAUAUUGAAUGUUUCGAGUUUCUUAAGAAAAUCAAGUUGGUAUUAUAAGUUUUGAAAUUAAUAUCAGGUGCGGUCGUGAACUUAAAUUCGUGUGGUCGUGGUUCAAAUUCGUAUAUACGUUUGCAUAUUGAGUGUGGCGUGAGAUUACUGAUAGUUACAUUAUAAUGUAAGCCUUAGGAGUUGGAACGGGUUGAAAAUCACAGUUUUACUAUUCAAGUAGGAACAUUGAGUUAUUAAUUUUAAAAAAGGUGACCAGUGGUACUGGUGGAGACCAGAGAUAAGUUAACAGUUGGAACAUUUUAGUAAACUAGUAUUAUAUCGAAGGAUUAAAGGAUAUAUGGCUUAAGCGACAUUUUUGCAACUUUACAGGACACGUAAUUAAAGUUUAAAAUUGGGAAAAAUAUAUCAUAACGUUUGAAUGGGGUAAACUUAAUUGAAGUACAAUUAAAAACAUCGAAUUGUUGAUGCUAAUGCCAAAUAAAACGGGCAUUUUAUUACAAAGAUAAAUGUCAAGCAAAAUGUCACUUAAACCAAACAAACAGUCUUGCAAACCUCGAUAUUCAUUCUUCGGUUGCUACUUCGCGGUCGUACGUAGACUUAGUAAAUAAAACUAGUAUUGCGGAUUAAUAUCGCGUUCAUUAAAUGUAAUUAUUAAUUGAGUCGCCGCAGCCGCAAAAACUGUAAAGCAUUUCGACGCUUGAAAGGCAAACGUGACUAAGCGACAAUGCGUGAACUUUACAGUAGACUAAUUUAAAGUUGAAAUACCUGAAAAAAAAUCUAUUUUAACGAAUCUAGCUGUAGGAUUGAAAUGAUUUUAAUAGACCUAGAAAUAUAUAUUUUUUUGCGCAUCGAAUAUGGUUAUUGCCUAUCAUUUAUGUACAAAGCAGCUAUUGUCGCGCGUAGUCACGUUUGCCUUUCAAGCGUCGAUUUGAAGCGUCUACAUACUAAAUGUGGUUUGAGACAAUCGUUAACAUGUUUACUGCGUGAUGCGGCUUAAAAAGCCCCAUGAGUGAAUAUCACCUCCUAUGCCACACUAUGCUAUGUGUGUAUUCAUAAACGGACUUUUGUGAGGCCUAUAAUGUCUCAAGCGCACUAUAAAGAAGUCCAAUCUUGUCUCAAAAAUACCUCAUAUACGCUGCCUGAAAGUCCCUCAAAAAUUAUCCCGCAGGCAGGGUGUUAAAGUAUUGGACUCUCGCCUUGAAGACGCUUGCCUCCUGGCUACCAGCAAUCCCUUCAUUCUACAAAACGUACCUACCUAUUGCGUUCACACUACAAGUCUAUGUUCGCUUAAAAGUUAAGACAAACCUUUAUGAAGUCGAAAACAAAAAUGCAAACACUUGUUAAAAUGAAAAAAAUCUAUUGUCUGUAAAGUCGGUUUACUGACGAUAGUUGAACGUGACAACGUCAUAAGAAAAUACUGAUGGAAUGGUUUCAUUUUUCAAAAGAAAAAUUUAAUUUUAUUUGUUUGAUAUAUAUUUUGUAUGGACAAUUGACCACACUCACUUUUCACUGAACUUCAUACUUGACGAAAACAUGUAAAAUUAAAGGUAUUAUUGUCGAUGUGCCGAUGUGGCGAUGUGCGGAGGCCGAUUGUGCCUCUUUGUCGCUCGUUGCGCGCUCUCGCUUGCAUUUCAAGCCUUAAAUGGAACGCCUCAAUGAUUCAUGUUUUUUCGUGCGUGCAGCCGGCUCCAUCGAAUUAUAAGUCGUUGUCACGUCAAAAAUAAGCUCAUAUUUCAAACGAAAGCUUCACUCAGCUCGUUCAAACUCCUCUGGCUCUGAUGGAUAUAAGCCUUAUUGUAAACACCCUAAGCUCUAAAUAGACACGUAGAAUAUUGAUACGGUUUUUAAACAAUUAGCUUCAUAGGUGGCAGAUUUGUAAUAAAUAGUUUUAUAAUUGCCAGUUAAGAUUAACAAGACCUAAGUUAUGGGUUAGCAGUCCUUUGCAACUCCUUAGCUGUCCACCAGGAGACGAGCCCACGGCAAGUGUUUAAUGAGUCAAUAGAAAUCAUAUCGUAAUUGUCCCCACUAGCCUUUGAACGUGUGAUAAAAAAAAAUACUGGUGGUAGGUCCUCUUGUGAGUCCGCACAGGUAGGUACCACCACUCUGCCUAUUUCAGCCGUGAAGCAGUAAUGCGUUUCGGUUUGAAGGGUGGGACAUUUACGUUGUAGAUGUCUAUGGGCUCCAGUAACCACUUAACACCAGGUGGGCUGUGAGCUCGUCUACCCAUAUAAGCAAUAAAAAAAAAAACUCAAUUAAAUUGUAGUACCUAAUCAUAUUCAACCUUAUGUCUCGUGGUUAGUGGUAGCAUUUACUUUGGGAUGUGAAUUUGGACGACACGUUAAGUGUGCAGUAUUCAUUGCUGGCUAAUUUUAAUGUGUAAUAAAUUAUAUCGGUGUUAAUUCGUUAUCUUAUCGCAAAAAUCCAAGUAUAGUUUUUGUAAUACAAUUAUUUUCUGAUUGUGUAAUAUGAAGCGUGCAAUUCACUAGGACUAUAAUAUACCUUACAUUUAAUACCAUUACAUUACAGAAUUUAGUUACUAAAAUAUAUCAAAUUUCUAGAACAAAAGCCGGCUUUGGAAUCUAUACUAAUAUUAUAAAGAGGAAAGAUUUGUUUGUUUGUUUGUUUCGAAUAGGCUCCGAAACUACUGGACCGAUUUGAAAAAUUCUUUUUCCAUUAGAAGCCGACAUUGUCCCUGAUGAACAUAGGCUUUUUUUUUUUUUUAAUUUUUUUUUUUUGGUUUCAUUUGUGUUUUAAUGUUUCCGAAGCGAAGCGAGGGCGGGUCGCUAGUAUGUAAUACAAUUAUCGUCCCUUCGCAAUCAGUCACUGUAUAAAAUUAAUUGGCAAUUAUGAAACGAUUUUCUAGUUAUCGAUACUUUAAGAUUUUUUGUUAAGGAAAAAAAAAAUCGGGCCCAUGACUUAUUGAUAAGUUCCUUUCACGUUUAAAAACAUUAGUAUUUUUCAUCGAUCGUAUUUAUAAAAAUGUACACGACAAUCUUAGAGUUAUUUUAGACGUCUUUAGCUUAUGAAAAUCAAUUAUUUAAAAUAUAGUGUAAAAUAAUUUUAGAAUAAUGUUUUAUGGAUAAUUUUAAUUGCGCUACGUAUGGUUUCUAUUCGUUUAAAUCCCCUAUGGCUAUUCUGAUUACCAGUAUUUAUCGAUAAAUACACGACUGUGAUUUUUAUAAAUAA